UUAAUUCUAAUAACACCCUCCUGGUUCCACCAUGUUUCUCAAUUUUCUGUUUCUCCAGACAACUGAUCCGACUGAAACAGGUAGUAAAUGUAACCUAACAGCUGAUUCCAGACCUUGUAUUUCGUAAAAUGGAGGGAGAAAGCACCGCGAAUGAAGAACAAUUGCGAGGAGUGGAGACGAGAGAAGAAGGGAAUGCGAAUCAGGUGAAGAUGGGGGCAUCGAACAGGAAGGAGAAGAGGAAGGCGGUGAAGAAGUUGAAGAGGAAGCAGUCGAGGAAGGAGAUAGCGAUACAGGAAAGAGAGCAGGAGGAGGCGAGGAUGAACGACCCGGAGGAGCAGAGGAGAUUGACGAUUAUGGAGGAAGAGGAGGCAAGGAGUCGGGAAAGAGAGUUGAAAGAGUUCGAGGAGAGGGAGAGGGCCUGGAUGCUUGCUGCUGAAUUGAAGAGGAAGAAGGAAGAGGAAGAGAGGGAAGAAGAGAAUCGACGGAAGGAUUUAGAAGAGUCCCGACAACAAGAGGUUGAGGAGGAGAAGAAGUGCAGCAGUGAUGAUGAAUGGGAAUAUGUAGAAGAGGGACCUGCAGAAAUUAUAUUUAAAGGAAAUGAGAUAAUCUUUAGAAAGAAAAAAGUGAGGGUUCCAAAGACUGGUGCAAACCAGCAGAGCGACAAGGAGGACACUGAAAGGCCUACGUCGAAUCCUCUUCCUCCACAGUCGGAAGCUUUUGCUGAUUACCAGAGUGCAGCUUCAGCACAACAGAUGUUGGAGAAUGUUGCUCAGCAAGUACCCUUUUUUGGAACUGAACAAGAUAAAUCUCAUUGCCCUUUCCAUUUAAAGACUGGAGCUUGUCGAUUUGGUCAACGCUGCAGCAGGGUUCAUUUCUACCCUGAUAAGUCUUGCACACUGCUUAUCAAGAAUAUGUACAAUGGUCCGGGCAUGGCAUGGGAUCAAGAUGAGGGGCUUGAGCAUACAGAUGAAGAGGUUGAACGUUAUUAUGAAGAAUUUUACGAUGACGUGCAUACUGAGUUCUUGAAGUUUGGUGAAAUUGUCAAUUUCAAGGUGUGUAAAAAUGGAUCCUUCCACUUAAGAGGAAAUGUAUAUGUUCAGUAUAAGUCAUUGGAAUCAGCUGUUCUUGCCUACAAAUCUAUCAACGGUCGGUACUUUGCUGGUAAACAGGUGACAUGUGAAUUUGUCAAUAUAACCAGAUGGAAAGUUGCUAUAUGCGGGGAAUACAUGAAGUCAAGACUCAAAACAUGUUCUCGUGGAGUGGCUUGCAAUUUUAUUCACUGUUUCCAUAAUCCUGGUGGUGACUAUGAAUGGGCGGACUGUGAUAAACCACCCCCAAAAUAUUGGGCAAAAAAGAUGGCUGCUUUAUUUGGCUAUUCUGAUGAAUAUGAGAAAAAGAUGGACCAAGAACAUCUAGGGCAGUUGAAGGACUCCUGCAAUUUGAACAGGCAAUGGUCAAGAAGAUCUAGAUCAAGUGAAAUUAAUAAUUUGAACAGUGAUUGUGGUAGAAGUCAUAGCAAGGUUCGAGAGAGCACUUGUGGGCAGAGACGCACUAGUUUUAAGCAUUAUGAUCGCAGCAGGAGCAGAGGCCAUGCUAGCAGUUCCAGUGAUAGUUGGUCAGAUAGGGAUGCAGCCAGAGAUCAGGAUAAGGAUAGAGAACAUGGUCAUUCAGAU